AAAUUAUACAAAGCUCAUUAACCCCACAUCUCUAUCAACAUUCUUUCAGAAAAUGUACUCAAAAUUUCUCACAAACCAAACAGAACUUUGAAACCCUUUACCAAAGGGCUUGUAAGAGUGCAUAAACAAGGAAAAAAAGAAAAAAAAAAGCAAGAAAGUGAUAGAAAAGAAUAGGAAAAAAAAACAAGAAAUUAAAGAUCAAAAGGAGAUGAUUUUUCUUUAUAAAUGCUAUCUUUUUUGAAGGAAAAACAAGAAUUUGAAGCUUGUUUUUUGAUGGCAAACCCUAAUUUUCUGUCUUCUUCUCCUUAUGUUUUUGGAUCUUCUUCUUCAUCUUCUUCUCCUUCAUCUUCAUCACUUGGUUUUAAUUAUUUUCUUGAUCACAACCAAGAGCUUCCUCAGUCAUGGAGCCAACUACUUAUGGGUGGUUUGACAGGAGAAGAACAAGAAGAAGAAUAUAGGUUUGGAGCGAGUCAUUUCCAUCCAAAAUUCUUGAAUCCAUACGAUGUAAAACAAGAAAUUUCUCAAAAUAGUAAUUUGUAUGGUCAAGGUGGUGGUGAAGAAGAAUUUCAAACCCUAAUUAGACCUAAUUGGUCACAGCAAGUCAUGCCAGUUUCUUCCCCUAGGUCUUGUGUUACAAGUAAUAAUAUUCUUGACUUCUCUUACAACAACAAGCCAGAUGUAAUAAGUCAACACUUCGAUCAAUCAUCUGAGUGUAAUAGCACGGCGGCCACCGGCGGCGGGGUGUGCAAGAAGGCUAGGGUUCAGGCGCCGUCUUCAAGCCAACCACCUUUGAAGGUAAGGAAGGAGAAAUUGGGUGAUAGAAUCACUGCACUUCACCAGCUAGUUUCCCCAUUUGGAAAGACUGACACAGCUUCUGUCUUGUUAGAAGCUAUUGGAUAUAUCAGAUUCCUUCAGGCUCAAAUUGAGGCUCUUAGCUCUCCUUACUUGGGUAAUUCUGCAUCAUCAAACAUGAGGAACCAACAUUCUGUUCAAGGAGAAAGGAAUUGUGUAUUCCCUGAAGACCCAGGUCAGUUGGUGAAUGACAUAUGCCAGAAAAGAAAAGGAGGUCCUAAUCAGGAUAGUGAAGAUAAUAAGCUGCCAAAGGAUUUAAAGAGCAGAGGUUUGUGCUUAGUUCCUGUGUCUUGCACUCAGCAUGUUGGAAGUGAUAAUGGUGCUGACUAUUGGGCUCCGGCCAUCGGCGGCGGGUUUUAAUUAUCGCCGGUCGUGUUUUCUCUUUUUCUAAUUAGAAUUUUAAUUGGAGCUUAUUGAUUGAUUGAAUGAUAUAACAUCAUGAGCAGUCAAUCUGCUGCAAUUUAAAGAUUGAUUGCUCAUGAUGCUAUGCAUUCUAAUUAACAACAUUGCACCUGCAUAUAUCUAGAUAUAUAUAUGCAUGCAUGCCUCCAUUUAAUUACUGUUUUCAUGUAUUAUCUAAUUUAAUUAAGAAUUUUAUGAUUUUAA